UACGGAAGUUCUCCCGCAGGUUUAGUGUAACGUGCUUUUCUGUCAGACAGAUUUUAUUUGUAAAUCGAGUGAGUUAUUUAUUUUAAAAAAUAAACAAUUGGAGAUGGCAGCUCUUAAAUACGCAGGUAUGGAUGACACAGACAGUGAAGACGAGCUUCCGCCGGGUUGGGAGGAGAGAUCUACUAAAGACGGAUGGGUUUAUUAUGCCAACCACGAGGAAAUGAAGACCCAAUGGGAACAUCCCAAAACCGGGAAGAAGAAGCGCUGUGCUGGAGCUUUGCCAUAUGGAUGGGAACAGGAAACAGACAGUAAAGGCCAAAUCUACUAUGUUGAUCACAUCAACAAACGCACAACGUAUUUUGACCCCCGGCAGGCCUUCACUGUGGAAGACAUACAGGUGAAGCCCAAACGCUUCGAUGGAAACACCUGUGCUCUUGAUGUACUGCAGAAUCGUGACCUCUCAGACAAGGUCAUAGUCAUCACAGGGGCCAAUUCUGGUAUAGGUUUUGAGACCGCUCGAUCUUUCGCUCUUCACGGCGCCCAUGUGAUCUUAGCCUGCCGAAACAAAAGUCGUGCCAGUAAAGCAGUGAGUCUGAUCACAGAGGAGUGGCACAAAGCUCGCGCUGAAGCCAUGACCCUGGAUCUGGCUUCCCUGAGGAGUGUUCGGGAGUUUGCAGAGGCCUUCAAAGCCAGGAAACUGCCACUGCACAUUCUGGUGUGUAAUGCGGCAGUCUGCACGCAACCCUGGAGUCUAACAGAGGAUGGGCUUGAAUCCACCUUUCAGAUCUGUCACCUCGGUCAUUUCUACCUGGUUCAGCUCCUGCAGGACGUUCUGCGGUGCUCUGCUCCAGCUCGGGUGGUGGUGGUCUCCUCAGAGUCUCACAGGUUCACAGAUCUUGUGGACUCGUGUGGAAAGGUGGACUUGAAUCUUCUGUCACCUCCUCAGAAGGAUUACUGGUCAAUGCUGGCCUACAACCGUGCCAAACUCUGCAACAUUCUGUUCUCUGAUGAGCUCCACCGCCGCAUGUCGACCCUGGGCGUCACCUGUAACGCAGUGCAUCCUGGGAAUAUGAUGUACACCUCCAUCCAUCGCAGCUGGUGGCUCAUGACGUUGCUUUUCACGUUUGCCCGGCCCUUCACCAAGUCCAUGCAACAAGGUGCGGCCACUACAGUCUACUGUGCCGUGGCUCCGGAGCUAGAGGGUCUCGGUGGGAUGUAUUUCAACAACUGCUACCGCUGUCUGCCCUCUCUGCAGGCCCAGGACCCGGCGGCCGCCCUCAGCCUGUGGGAACUCAGCGAGAGGCUUAUCCAGGAGCGAUCCACGCUGCCUCUGGCGCUCUGAACCCUCCUUUGUAGCCUCACGACCCCCGUGACCCCUAAAGGGUCACCUACGUGAACAUCACCGGUAUGAAGAGAAGGAUGCAAGGGGCGGAAAAGAUGCAAUUCUACACUGUACAAGGACAUUGGGAAUCGAAGAUGGGAAUCAGAGACUAGAACCACACGGCUGGGGCUUAUAGGCUUCAGCAGAUAAAGAGAUGCGGAGAUUCAAUUCAAUUGUGUUUCUCUCGUCUCAAUGGUGUAAUCGCUCAAUCCUGCUUUAGGGGGGGUUUAACUAUGUCUAGAUCACUCUAUAAAUGUCUUCUUAACAAGCACUAAAGUUUGAGGUGUCUAUAAGGGGUCCCUAUGUUUACUGAUGUUUAAAUGAAGAUGGGUGGAUGUUUACGGCGUACAAAUACACAUUUGCUUGGAGAUCAAUUUCAACCCUCAUGUCUGUACAGAUAAAAAUGUCGAAUAAAUGUUGCAAGGGGCGUAACCUACAAAGACAUAAUGCGGGGAAAUGUACAAUUUGUGAACUAUUUACAAACAUGGCAUCUUCACUCUUUUUAAGAAUAAUCCAGUGUUGAUAUCCUGUACACAAUAUACACAAGAUGCUGUCUUUUCUAACUCCUGACAGAGCCUCCAAACCAUACUUUAACUUUUACAAAAUGCUGGACUAAAGUACAAUAAAACAGCAUCUGGUUUGAGAACUGGUGGGUUGUCGGUGGCAAAAAAAGGAGAAACUGCUUGGAUCCUUAUUGUCUGAAAAUAUCAAUAUGGUCGAAGCUCCAUGUAUCGUCUGUUUUUGCAUCAUGAAACAUGCAGGGAUUUCCUAAUUAGUUUUUUUCGUUGUUGGUGUGACCUCUGACUGGAAAUCAGGUUGGAGUCAGUAGUAGGGGAUUGUGGGUAAGGCUAAGGAAUGGCACUCGUGUUGAUAAAGGGUUUCCUAUUUCUCUCUUCGAUCUUCAGUCGUCUUGAUCAGGGGUUGAUUUUGGAGAGGUUGUGCUUUGUGGCAGUCUUGGAGCCGUGGGCCACCCUAAGCCAGAAGCAUUCCAGUGUAACACUGUCUGUAAAGAGAAAUAAAAAGACAUUCAAUCAAUGA